AUGGCCGCUCGCAACUUUGCCUCGGCCGCCCCCAAGAACGCGGUCCUCGUCGUUGCCGAGCACGAUGGUGACAAGCUCAACCCCUCCACCCUGUCGGCCAUCACCGCCGCGUCCAAGCUCAACCGCCCCAUUUCCCUGCUGGUUGCUGGUAGCAAGGCUGACGCCAUUGCGCAGGAGGCCGCCAAGACCGCCGGUGUCGCCGAGGUCCUCUCCGUCAAGGAUGCCGCGUAUGACAACGCCCUGGCCGAGAACGUCGCCAGCCUGAUUGUCGACGUGCAGAACCGCCACACCUUCUCGCACAUCUUCGCCCCCCACUCCUCCUUCGGCCGCAACGUCAUGCCCCGCGCCGCCGCCCUGCUGGACAUCGCCCAGAUCUCCGACAUCACCGCCGUCAAGGACGAGGCCACCUUCGUGCGGCCCAUCUACGCCGGUAACGCCAUCUCCACCGUCAAGUCCAACGAUGCCGUGCGCGUGGUCACCGUUCGCUCGACCGCCUUUGAGAAGGCCGACACCACCGGCGGCAACGCCACCAUCAAGGAGGAGGCCGCCGCCGCCACUUCCGACAAGGCCAAGUUCGUCGGCCGCGAGAUGGCCGUCUCUGAUCGCCCCUCUCUGGGCACCGCCGCGCGCGUUGUCUCCGGUGGCCGCGCCCUCAAGAGCCGCGAGAACUUCCAGAUCAUCUACGACCUGGCCGACGCCAUGGGUGCCGCCGUCGGUGCCUCUCGCGCCGCCGUCGAUGCCGGCUACUGCGAUAACUCGCUGCAGAUUGGUCAGACCGGUCAGAUUGUUGCCCCCCAGCUGUACCUGGCCGUCGGUAUCUCCGGUGCCAUCCAGCACGUCGCCGGCAUGAAGGACUCCAAGAUCAUUGCCUGCAUCAACAAGAACCCCGAGGAGCCGAUCUUUGCCCUGGCCGACUACGGUCUCGAGGCGGACCUCUUCGAGGCGGUCCCCGAGAUGAUCAAGCAGCUCAAGAACUAG